AGUCGUCAACUGUCAAACAACAUUACUUUCAAACAAUUGUCGAAAUAAGCAGUUUAUUUCAGGCUGGUAAUAGUUUUGAAAUAAAAACAAUGCUAGUUAGUUGCAUUUACAUUAAACAAUGGGUUUUCUAACUAUCUUAAAGAAACUCCGCCAAAAGGAAAAAGAAAUGCGUAUACUGAUGCUUGGUCUUGAUAAUGCAGGCAAAACGACAAUUUUAAAACGUUUUAACGGAGAGCCGAUAGACACUAUAUCCCCAACACUUGGCUUCAACAUAAAGACUUUAGAACAUCGAGGAUAUAAACUUAAUAUAUGGGAUGUGGGAGGACAAAAAUCAUUAAGAUCAUAUUGGAAGAAUUACUUUGAGAGCACUGAUGGGGUGGCCUGGGUAGUUGACAGUGCUGAUGCCAGGAGAUUAGCAGACUGCGCUAAAGAACUACAUUCAUUGCUGAGAGAGGAGAGAUUAGCUGGUGCUACACUACUCGUUUUGGCCAAUAAGUCAGACCUCCCGGGUGCAUUGACACUGCAGGAAAUAAGAGAGGCACUUGAGCUGGAUGGCAUCAAAACACAUCAUUGGCGUAUUUUGCGUUGCUCAGCUGUCACCGGAGAGAACUUGCUAGAGGGAAUGGAUUGGAUGCUAGAUGAUAUAGCAUCCAGGAUAUUUACCCUCGACUGAACAAUGUAAAGUUGUCUUGAUUCGUUAUUUAACUAAUACAUAUGUUUUAUUUGAAAACAUUAAUAGUAAUUAUAAUAAUUAAUAUUGCAUUUAUAUUAACUUUAAAAUAUUAAAAAACUAUGAAUUGCAUAAUUUUGUUUAUUUAAGAAUUACAUACUCAUGUAGUGCAGUUGCUGAAAAUGUAACAAAUAUUAAUAAUUAAACUUUUCAUUAUAGUAUUAUUUAUUACAUUACAUAUAAAGAAAUUCCAACUUACCAUUAUUCUUAAAAGCAUAAUGAAUAUCACACAGUGUUUUUUGUACUUUAUUCUUGCUUAUGAUGUGAACAUUUCAUGCAACCUGUGAUCUUUAUUUUUCUC